AUGUCUUUAUUUGGUAAUACAACAACAGGUGGUGGUGGAUUAUUUGGAAAUACAACAACACCAACACAAACCACUGGCGGUGGGUUAUUUGGAAAUACAACAACAGGUGGUGGAUUAUUUGGAAAUACAGCAACACCAACAACAGGUGGCGGAGGAUUAUUUGGAAAUACAGCAACACCAACACUAACCACAGGUGGCGGUGGUGGAUUAUUUGGAAAUACAACAGCACCAACAACAGGUGGUGGUGGAUUAUUUGGAAAUACACCCACACAAACCACUGGUGGUGGAUUAUUUGGAAAUACAGCAACAGGUGGUGGUGGAUUAUUUGGAAAUACACAACAACAACAACAACAACAACAACAACAACAACAACAACAACAACAACAACAACAACAACAACCAUCAACAUCAUUAUUUUCUCAAUCAAGUUUAGGGUCUCAAUCUAGUUUAGGGUCUCAAUCAAGUUUAGGGUCUCAAUCUAGUUUAGGAUCACAAUCAAGUUUAGGUUCAUUUGGACAAACACAACAACCACAAACAUCAUCAUUAUUUGGUAAUUUACAACAACAACAACAAUUACAACAACCACAAAGAAGUAUCAUAGAACAAAAAUUAUAUGAUUUUAUGCAAUCAAUUUCACCAAAUAGUUUAAAUUGUAGAUUUUUAUACUGGUUUUAUAAUUAUCAAGCAAAUGGGCAAUUGGUUGACCCAAAUUCAAUACCAAAACCACCAAAUGUAACAGUAGAUCAAUGGGCAUACGCUCUUUCAAAUAAUCCUGAUCCUUCAAUAUUAAUACCAGUUGCAGCUAAAUCAUUUGAUGAUUUAAUUAAUAGAAGAAUGAAACAAGAAGAAACAAUUAUAGCAUUAGAUCAAAAUACACAAGAAGCGUUAAAGAGAAUGAGAGAUUUAGAAAAUCAUUUAAAUUUUCAUAUUCAUACACAAUUGGAAAUGAUGAGAAAGAAACAAAUUGAAUUGAUUCAACGUUAUAUUGAAGUUUGGUCAAAUUUAGAGAUUUAUCAAAGUAAAGGUAAAACAUUUACAACAAGUGAAGAAAGAAUUAUGAAAAAAAUCUAUGAAUUAUUCGAAGAGAUUAAUCAACCAAAUUCAAUUAAAUCAAAAGUCGAAGAAAUCUCGAAUCAAUUGAAAUUAGGUUCAAUGGAAAAAGAGAAAAUUAAAUAUGAAAUUUCACCAGAAGCCGUCGAACCACUUUAUAAUCUUUUAAAAAAUAUGACUAUUUCAAUUGAACGUAUAACAAAUGAAUUGGAAAUUGCUGUAAAAGAUGCUCAAAUUUUAAAAAAUGAAUUAUAUCAAUUAAAAAAAUGUUAA